AUGGACAUGCAAGAGGAGAAAAGGCUGGGAGAGGGAGCUGCAGGCGGUGGUGUAUUGCUGCAGGCUGGGUGCAAGAUGGGUCGGGCGUCUGGAGUAAAGGAGAGAAUGGGGCCAAAAUGGAGAUCAAUUGGCGGUAAACGACGCAGCGAGGUGGAGGCGAUGGGAAGGGAACGAUGCAAAAGGAAUGUCAGUGGGGAGAGAGAAACGACGAGGGAAUAA